AUGACAAAAGCAAUCCUACUCCUAUGCCUUGUUCUCCUCUUGAUCAAAUCUUCAUCUUCCAAGAACACUCUUCCAAUAGGCUCCUCUCUAUCUGUUCAUCACCAUUCAGACCUCAUAACCUCCCAAGACAACACUUUUACUUGUGGCUUUUAUGGUUUCGAAAGCAACGCUUACUGGUUUGCAAUAUGGUUCACCAACUCUGAAGACCGCACUGUGGUUUGGACGGCCAACCGCAACACACCCGUCAAUGGUCGUGGAUCAAAGGUAACGUUUCGGGGAGACGGAGCGAUGGUUUUGACCGACGUGGAUGGCAUGGUUGUGUGGGAGACCAACACAACCUCCACGGAUGUAAAUAGAGCAGUGUUGCUGGAUUCAGGUAAUCUGGUAUUGAUGAAUGCGAAAGGUAAGAUUCUUUGGCAAAGUUUUGAUUAUCCAACUGAUACUCUUUUGCCUUCUCAAACACUAACAAAAAGCAAAAUCUUGAUAUCUGCUUUGAGAGAAGGAACUUUUGAAUCUGGGCAUUUUAGUUUGAACUAUAACAGUAUUAACGUCUUAACAAUGAUUUAUGAUGGCCCAGAAAUAUCCAGUGUGUACUGGCCUAGUCCUGAUCCUGGUUUUAAUGUUUGGAUUUAUGGCCGAACCUCUUAUAACAGUAGCAGAAUCGCAGUCUUUAACAAUUUGGGUGUGUUUAAUUCGAGCGAUAGGUGGCAAUUUAGUGCUUCAGAUAUGGGUUUUGGGAUCAAAAGGAGGCUAACCAUGGACCAUGAUGGUAAUCUCCGAAUCUAUAGCUUGAAUGAGUCAACUAGAUCAUGGUCGAUUUCAUGGCAAGCUAUCGCAAAACCAUGCGAUGUUCAUGGAAUCUGUGGGAGAAACGGGAUCUGCAUCCAAGGAGAAAAGCAAGAAUGUUCUUGCCCGCCUGGUUAUGAGUGGAGCAACACUACUGAUUUCACUCUGGGAUGUAACCCUACUUUCAAGAAAACAUGUGGAAACUCUACAAGCUUUGGGUUUUUGGAGCUGCCACAUACAGAUUACUAUGGCUUUGAUCUGAACUACUCUUCACCCAUUUCAUUUGAAGCUUGUAGGGACAUCUGCUUGGGAGAUUGUAGUUGUGAAGCAUUUAGUUAUCGGCUAACCGGUGAAGGUUUCUGCUUUGCAAAAAGUGCCCUCUUCAAUGGCUUCACGUCUCUUAAUUUCCCAGGAACCAUAUAUUUGAAAGUACCAAGAGGCAUGAAAACACAGUCCAUCCUUGCUGGUUCUAAGCCCACAUGUGUAGAUACCACCAUUACCAUUAUGGUGGGUUCUCCAUCUAUGUAUGCAUCAUUGAAGAAAAGGGUGAAAUGGGUUUAUCUCUACUCGUUUGCUUUAGCCGUUGGCGUGGUCGAAGCUUUGGUUAUCUUAUUCGGGUGGUGGCUUUUCAGCGGAAAAAACGAACUCCUAGUCAACCUAGAAUAUGGGUAUCGUAUGAUAUCAAGUCAGUUUAGGGGGUUUAGUUAUCAAGAACUGAAGAAGGCGACACAAGACUUUAAGGUGGAGAUUGGGCGAGGAGGCUCAGGGGCCGUGUAUAAAGGGACUUUGGAAGACGAAAGGGUGGUAGCUGUCAAAAGAGUCGGAGAUGUGAGCGGAGAGUUUUCCGCAGAAGUAAGCACCAUCGGUCAAAUUAAUCACAUGAAUCUAGUGCGAAUGUGGGGAUUCUGCUCGGAGAAAAAACAUAGACUCAUAGUUUACGAGUAUGUGGAAAAUCUUUCUCUUGACAAGAGAUUGUUUUCGUCAAGUUUUCUUCAAUGGAAAGAACGGUUCAAAGUAGCCAUAGGUAUCGCAAAAGGUCUGGCUUAUUUACACCACGAGUGCCUAGAGUGGGUUAUUCAUUGUGAUGUAAAGCCGGAAAACAUUCUUUUAGAUCAUGCAUUUGAACCCAAGAUUGCAGAUUUUGGGCUGGCAAAGUUGUUUGAGAGAGGUGGACAAAAUUCGGAGUUCACUAAGGUUAGAGGGACGAAAGGGUAUAUGGCUCCGGAAUGGGCACAUAACCUGCCUAUCACAGCAAAAGUCGAUGUGUAUAGCUAUGGGGUUGUGGUUUUGGAACUAGCAAAAGGAAUUCGACUUUCUAGUAUCGUUGCACACGAAGGAGAAGAGGAAGAAGAAUCAGAGCUCACGAGGUUUGUAAAGGUAACGAAAAGAACAAUUCAACAAGGAAAUGAGUUGUGCAUAGAAGAGAUUAUUGAUCCGAGAUUGGGGGGGUUAUUUAGCAGGCAUCAGGCAGCAAAACUGGUUGAAAUCGGUCUUAGCUGUGUGGAGGAAGACAGAAAUAAAAGGCCAACAAUGGAUUCAGUUGUACAAAUUCUAAUGGAUUGUGAACAUGAGAUGUGACAAAAAUGAUAUAUAUGACUUCAAUUUUUCCAAUUCAAUGUAUUAGACAUGAUUAUUUUCCCAACUUACCAAAUUUUAAGUAUUUAGAUUUAUAUAACAAUUUUCUUUG